AUGACCCAGCUCGCCAAAGAUGAAGAGAACCGGCAACGCUACAAAGAGCGUUUGGAACAAAUUGAAGAAAAACUUCGCACUGAUUCACACCUGAGCACUGCAACAAAUGUCGUGCCAGAAAGCCUAGAUCAAUUGGUGGAAUUCGAUCCUGACCAGUUCAAAGGGCUAGAUGAAUCUUUUCAAACAGGCGACGCUGAAUCCGAUAGUGACAUUGAAACACUAGAGGAAAGCGAUCAAAUCGAAUUUAAGCCUGAACCAAUAACAAUUUCCGAAAUGGCUCAGACAGUAACAGAAUUCAUCAGGCUAGCCACAUCUCUGAUACCAGAGUUUGAUGGUAGGCAUGAAAAUCUGCAAAGCUUCUUAGACGCUCUAGGUCUAUUAGACAGCUUAAAGGGCGCUCAUGAGACAACAGCCGUAAGCCUUAUAAAAACAAAACUUAAAGGCCAUGCUAGGAAUCUCAUCAGUAAUGAGCAAACAAUUAAUGAAAUUAUUGCCCAACUGUCGACUGCAGUAAAAGGAGAAUCGGUAGAAGUCAUAUCUGCCAAGCUCCUCAAUCUGCAACAGAAAAACAAAACGGCCAACCAGUACACCAGAGGAGGCCGAGGUUAUAAUCGUGACAGAAAUAACUACCACAACAAUUACAACCGAGGUAGCAGUUACAACAAUAAUAACUAUAAUUACCGUGGAGGAAGACGAGGUCAAAACCAAGGAAGAGGCCGAGUUAACUCCAAUCAGAGCAAUAACAACAACAAUGUGAGGAUGUUGCAAAAUACGUCGGAAAACUCACAGAACCCUUUAGGAAACAAUCAAUAA